AUGUCUGUUCCAUUGACUUUAAGCACACCUAUUUUAUAUAUUGUUUCAAACUUAGGUUCAAAGUGCUAUUCGAAUGUCGACAGAAACUACUAUGACCAAAAGAUACUCAUGCGUAUAAACAACACUUUCUCUGCUGGUUUGCCUAUUGUUCAUUCGAAUGCAGAGUUUUCAGCUUUAGUAAACUCAAACACUUUAGCAAACAUAAACUUAACCUUAGUUGACGCAAACUUUGUUCCUGUAAAACUUUUAUGUCCUAUGUAUUUGUCAAUGACGGCAGAAAGUUUCGAAUUGGAAGAUGCAACUGGUGAAAGUAUUGUAUUACAAGAACAACUUCAACAACAAAUAGCUCAAGAACAACAAAUGCAACAACAAAGUCAAGAAUAA